AUGACCACGGCGGGUGUUUUUGUUCUCCUCUCCUUUGUGCUUUGUUGUUUUUUUCCAGAUGCUGCCUUUGGGGUUGAGGUGGACUGUAGUACAUACCCCAACACUACAAAUGAGGAAGGCAAAGAAGUGUUGGUCUGUGCCAAGACCCUCAGCCCUGUCUGCGGUACCGAUGGAGUCACCUACAGUAAUGAGUGCCUGCUCUGUGCCCACAACAUAGAAAACGGAACCAAUGUUGGCAAAGACCACGAUGGAAAAUGCAAGGAAGCUGUCCCUGUGGACUGCAGUAGGUAUCCCAACACAACAGAUGAAGAAGGUAAAGUGGUGCUGCUCUGCAACAAAGAUGUCAGCCCCGUCUGUGGUACUGAUGGGGUCACCUAUGACAACGAGUGCCUGCUGUGUGCCCAUAAUCUAGAGGCUGGAACCAGUGUUGACAAAAAGAAUGACAGUGAAUGUAAGACAGAAGACACUACACUAGCUGCAGUUUCUGUUGACUGCAGUGACUACCCUAAACCCGUCUGUACACUUGAGUACUUGCCUCUCUGUGGCUCUGACAACAAAACAUACAGCAACAAGUGUAGAUUCUGCAAUGCAGUCGUGGACAGCAAUGGGACUCUCACUUUAAGCCAUUUUGGAAAAUGCUGAGUAUCAGUGCUGAGAGAAUUCACCACAGGAUCCCCACUGGCAAAUCCCAACUAAAAAUCUCACCUCAGUUCAUC